AGAGUAGUAAUCGGCCCAUAGACGACCUACAGGAGCUGCUGUGCAUCACAUCUCCCUUUCUCAACAAAAAAAAAAAAAAAAACUCUUUCCUCAACCACGCUCGCCGCUGGGCACGGCGGCUCGAUCGCCUCACUGCCUCGGAAAGGAAGCCGUCGCACGCACGCCAAUGCUCAGGAGGCGAGGAGCUCGCCUCUGAUCCACGCGACGAGGAGGGGGAACAAAACGCGCCUGAGACGGUCGUUUUUGGCAGCACUGGCCGGUGAUUGUCGAAGUUCGCCGGCCGGCCCUCUUCCAUACGAAUUUGCUACUGAAGUUUGUAAGUACCAUCUCCAUCUACCCUUUGUGUAAGUACAACCUGAAACUACUGGAUCCCCAUUUGUAGGGUUGCCUGUACGAGUAAAUUGGGGACAUCACAGAUUAAUAAUUUAGUAUGCCUACUACUAAUUUAGCAGUUAGUAAUUUAGUAUGCCUAUUCUGAUAGUAAUCUAGUCUAGAACCAAAGACCUUCCAUCAGUUGGAGCAAGGCCUCACCAGCAGGCCAGCGAGUUCUCAAUAGCAAUCUGUACGCAUAAUGUUAUCUGUUAUAGAAGACCGCUAACAUAGGAAAAAUAAGUAGCCGAGACCUAGUAGAUCGAUUUGGAAGGGAUCAGGGAGAGGGGCACGCAGGUAUUAAUUAAGUCGUACCGAACAGAAAAGGAAUCGCCGAACGCCCAAACUCUACACUCGUCAGUCCUGUCGCCGCCCGCCGCCAGGCCCCGGCCGCUUGCCAGCACUCUACCAAAGCCUUGUCUUGUCGUGUGGCCGUCGCUUCUGAAUUGCGGUAGUCCGGAACGGUAAGUUCAUUAGAUAUUUUGAUUGAUUGUUCAACCUGCGAAAAUUCUUGAUCUCUAUGAUUGAUUCAGGAACCUGCACAUGGAGUACGUGAACAAUUAACCCGCAUCCUUGAUUAUCAUGAUUUGUAAUCAUAGUCGUACCCUUCAUUAUCGGUACGACGUGGCAUUGCUGACCUCCUCUAGUUGAUCAUCGAGACGCCGUGCAGUUUCCGAACAGCCGGUCUCAUCUCUUUGAUUACAGGGACGCUGCCACAGCUUUGGCUGGUCACAUCCUCCUCCCUGCUCAGCUACGCACGACGUCGCUGCCGAGAGUCGUCGUGGCUGCCGGGUCUUGUACGUGUUGCUGCAUAUUGGUUUUGCCCUUUCUCUCAGCACAUGAAUUUGUCUUAACGAACUGAAUUUCUAUAGAUGUGUAGUCUCUGUUUAAAGUAGCUCCUGCGCAGCCGAACUGAAUUUCUAUAGAUGUGUAGUCCCUCCUACUACAUUUUUGACAGGAUUCUGCCGCCUAAUUCUGCCCAUUAUUUAUGUAUUUUCGGGUGAAGCAGUCGAUAAGUACAUGUAUUUAAUAAUUUGGUACGACCAAAUGGUUUGGUACGUGCUUAAUAAUUGUCGCGAUGUAGACAAGUACAUGAAGUAAGUAUUCUUGCCAUUUUUUUAUGCAUAUUAUGCGGUUGGCUCGUAGAGAUAAUGAAUUUUGAUGUGAUUAUUUUUUGUUUGUUGUUGUAGGGUUUGCCGAGAAGAGUUACAAAUGAAAGGUGUGGCUAACAUUGAGCAGACACUUAAGAAGGAAUUCCCUAGGUGGUUUGAGAAGCAUAUUCAUAAUAUAGGAGAACAGAAUGUUUCAGAGGAUUUGUACUCGCUAUCAUGUGGCCCAGACAAGCCUUUACUGGUGUACUCUGCCUGCAAUGUGAAUGGUGUUUGAUAUCACAGAAUGGUGUUCGAUAUCACACUCUGGAUCGUGAGAGGAAGAGAAGAACUCAAAAUUCAGGCAUCAUGGUAAAGGGAGAAAAAAAUGGUGCAGAGAUUCUGUACUAUGGUGUUCUGAAGGAAGUUCUUGAGUUGAUGUAUUCGAAAAACAAGCAUGGUGACAGGUCAGUAUAUUUGUUUCGUUGUGAUUGGUAUGAUAUUACAAGCAAGACGACCGGGUUGAGAGAUGAUGGGUACUUCAAAAGUCUGAAUCACAAGGCUCUUAGGUACAAAAAGGAUCCUUUCAUAUUGGCUUCUCAGGCAGAGCAAGUGUUUUACAUGGAGGAUACACAUCUUGGAAAAGACUGGAAAGUGGUACAGACUUUUAGUCAUAGACAUUUGUAUGAUGUUCCCGAAUCAGAGACGGGUGAGCUCAAUGCUACAGAUGCAUACCAAGAAGAUAUCAUCGCGCCAACUUUUACAGUGAACAAUGUUGAUCCAGCGUUUCACACUUUCGGCCGUGAUGAUGAAGAAGGCACACCUGUUGAUCCUAAAAUCAUCGCCGAGAUUGAGAAGAAUGUUGAGAACAAUGAUGAAGAUAGUGCCACCGACGAGGAUGAACAAGAAGAUGACGGGUUGAGUGGAAACAGAAGUGAGCAUUCAAGUGAUGAUGAAGUUUAGCAUGUUUUUGGACGUUUGCAUCUCCAAUGAAGUUUUUGCUUGUUUCAUGAUUUUUGUAAUUGCUUAUAUAUCCUCCUACUGUAUUGAAGUGACGUGCAACAGGUUUUCUUGUUUCCUGAAGUUUUUCUUAUUUAGGUUCACGUGCAAUAAGUUUGCUUCUUUCCUGAAGUUUUCCUGAAAGUUGUAGAAUUAUUGAUUAUUAUGUCAAUGUGUUUCUUAUGUCCA